GACAGUAAAGUCAUGAGGAUGUGACAGAAAUAAAUCAGACAACACAAACCCUCAGGAAAAGACGGAGAAUGAUGAGUGUUUUCUGUUUUAAUUUUUUUUUUUUAAAUCGGAUUCACAGUGAAAGGAGUACGCUCCAACAUGGAUGUGUCUGAGGAGAGAGAGGACGGGGUCUCUGCCUCUGAAGUCACUCUGUCUGAGCAACAUGACAGUCAGACCAGAGAUAAGAGCCCAGUGAAGCAGAAGAGACCACCAGACAAACAUGUUCCCAGCUGUGUGUCCAUGAAGAGUGGCCGGUCUAAAAGUGAACCUAUCGAGUUCAAGGAUGGAGACCAUUCUGAUAAUCAAAUUCAAGUUCUGCAGGAGAGACCAGACUCACCUGGACCCAACCGUUUGUCCAUCAAGAGCGUCCAGUCUAUAGGUGAACCUAUUGAGUUCAAGAAUGGGCCGAUUGUUGAGCCAAGAGCUCACCGGAAGAGGUCAGAGGUUCUCAGUACUCGUCCUGCCCAGAAGCAUCGGCAGAACCUGGACUCCAUUUUCAUGGAUCUUGAAGAGAACAUUGUGACUUUUGUGAAGAACGAGCUGAAGAAGUUCAAGAAAGUUCUAGAAAGUUCAGAAUGCUUAGAGGGGCUGAAUGAAGACGAUGAAGUCAUGGAAAGUGAAGAAGAAGAAGAGCAGAGAAAAAGCAACGGAGACGCAUUUAUGAAGCUCACACUGAACUUCCUGAGGAACAUGAAGCAGGAGCAGUUGGCUGACUCCCUGCAAAGCAAAACUCUUGCUGCAAUUUGCCAACGUAAACUAAAGUCUAGAAUGAAGAACACGUUUCAGAGUUUGUUUGAGGGGAUUGCCAGAGCAGGAAACCCAACACUUCUAAGUCGGAUCUACACGGAACUCUACGUCAAAGAGGAACAGAGUGGAGAGGCCAAUGAACAACAUGAGGUCAGACAGAUAGAAGCAGCAUCCCAAAAGCCGACAAGUUCAGAAACAACAAUCAGAAGUGAGGAUAUAUUUAAACCGAUACUUGGACGAGAUGAACCAGUCAGAACUCUGGUGACAAAGGGAGUGGCUGGCAUUGGGAAAACAGUCUUAACACAGAAGUACAUCCUGGACUGGGCUGAAGACAAAGCCAACCACAGUAUACAGUUUAUCUUUCCAUUCACUUUCCGAGAGCUCAAUUUGCUGAAAGCAAAAAAGUACAGCUUGGUGGAACUUCUUCAUCAUGUCUUUACCGAAACCAAAGAAGCAGGAAUCUGCAGGUUUGAAAAGUUCCAGGUUGUGUUCAUCUUCGACGGUCUGGACGAGUGUCGACUUCCUCUUGACUUCCACAAGAAUGAGAUCCUGACUGAUGUUACAGAGUCAACUUCAGUCGACGUGCUGCUGACAAACCUCAUUGGAGGUAAACUGCUUCCGUCUGCUCGCCUCUGGAUAACUACACGACCUGCAGCAGCCAGUCAGAUCCCUCCUGAGUGUGUUGACAUGGUGACAGAGGUGAGAGGGUUCAGUGACCCGCAGAAGGAGGAGUACUUCAGGAAGAGAUACAGCGAUGAAGAGCAGGCCAAAAGAAUCAUCUCCCACAUCGAGGCAUCACGAAGCCUCCACAUCAUGUGCCACAUCCCAGUCUUCUGCUGGAUCACUGCGACAGUUCUGGACCAGGUGUUGAAAACCACUGAGAGAGCAGAGCUGCCCAAGACCCUAACUGAGAUGUACAUCCACUUCCUGGUGGUUCAGACCAAACAGGGGAAUGUAAAGUAUCACAGCAGUGCAGCGACAGAUCCAGUCUGGUACACAGAGACCAACAAGAUCAUUCUCACUCUCGGAAAACUGGCUUUUGAGCAGCUGGAGAAAGGAAAUCUGAUCUUCUAUGAAGCAGACCUGAAAGAGCGUGGCAUUGACAUAAAAUCUGCCUCCGUCUACUCAGGACUAUUCACAGAGAUCUUCAAAGAUGCGCAUGGGCUGAACAAGGACAAGGUAUUCUGCUUUGUCCAUCUGAGCGUUCAAGAGUUUCUGGCUGCACUCUAUGUCUAUGUGACGUUCAUCAACACCGGCGUUAAUAAACUGAGAAGAAGAAGAGGGAGAUCAAACUUUAAACACCUCUACCAAAGUGCAGUAGACAAGGCUUUAGCGAGUCCAAAUGGACACCUGGACUUGUUUGCCCGCUUCCUCCUGGGCCUUUCUCUGGAGACCAAUCAGACUCUCCUACGAGGCCUACUGAAAACGACAGGAAGUAAACAAGAGGUCAAAGAGAUGCUAGUGCAGUACAUCAAGAAGAAGAUUAGGGACAAUCCUUCUCCAGAGAAGAGCAUCAAUCUGUUCCACUGUCUGAAUGAGCUGAAUGACCAUUCUCUAGAGAAGGAGAUCCAACAGUACCUGAGUUCAGGAAGUUCCUUUGGAAACCAACUCUCUCCUUCUCAGUGGUCAGCGCUUGUCUUCAUCUUACUGUCAUCUCAAAAAGAUCUAGACGUGUUUGACCUAAGGAAAUUCUUUGCUUCCGAGGAGGGUUUUCUGAGGCUGCUGCCAGUGGUCAAAGCAUCCAAAACAGCUCUAUUAAGUGGCUGUAACCUCUCAUCUAAAAGCGCUGAAGCUCUGGCCUCAGUUCUCACCUCCAAGAACUCUCUGAGAGAGCUGGACCUGAGUAACAAUGACCUGCAGGAUAUAGGAGUGAAGGUGCUCUCAUGUGGACUUAGAAGUCUACACUGUAAACUGGAAAGCCUCUGCCUGUCAGGCUGUCUGGUCACAGAGAAAGGCUGUGCUGAUUUGACUUCAGCUCUGAAGUGCAACCCCUCCCAUCUGAGAGAGCUGGACCUGAGCUUCAACCAUCCAGGAGACUCAGGAGUGACGCUGCUGUGUGAUGGACUAGAUGACCCACACUGGAAACUGGAAACUCUCAAGAUUGAUCAUUGUGGAAAGCAUCGACUAAACUCAUCACCCUUCAGGUAUUUCUGUGAGCUUUCACUGGACCCAGACACAGCACACAGAAACCUCUCAGUGUCUGACGACAACAGACAAGUGACGGUGGUGAAGGAGAAGCAGCCAUAUCCUGAUCAUCCGGAGAGAUUUGACAGCUGGAAACAGCUGUUGUGUAGUAAGGGUCUGAAUGAGCGCUGUUACUGGGAGGUCCGGUGUAAAGGAAUGGUUCAUGUAGGAGUGACAUACAGAGGAAUCAACAGGAGAGGAGACAGUGAUGUCUGCUGUAUUGGAUGGAACGAUCAGUCCUGGAGUCUGCUUUGCACCGCUAAGAGUUGCACUGCUUGGCACAAUAACACACCAACAAACAUAGCUACACUCCUGCCCUCUGACUCCUACAGAAUAGCAGUGUAUCUGGACUGGCCUGCUGGCACUGUGUCCUUCUACUUUCUCCCCUCCAUCGUCUCUUCGAUCAAACAGAUCCACCUCCACACUUUCCACUCCACAUUCACUGAACCCCUCUACCCUGCGUUUGGGUUUGGACAAAUGCACGAGUUAGGGACUGACUCAAGAUUUUUACCAUCAUCAGUUUAUCUGUCACAGUUUGAAGAAUGAAUGUUGCCUCCUGUGUAGAACAGGGGUUCCUAAACUGGGGGCGCUUAAGACGUUAAGAAGUAGAAAUAGUGACUGUUAGAGCAAGUGAUGGACAGAGAGCUUAAAUAAAUACUGAAUCUUAUCAGCUCUCAACACAGAUGAGACCAACAGACAGGAGCCACUUAAAACAACUGAAAUCAGACUGCAGCCCUGUUUACACGUACAUGGUUAUUUUGAAAAACUGAGACAUUUCCCUUUGUUUGUGCCCUUCGUUUACACGCAA